AUGAAUUUUUUACCUGAAUUACCACCUGAUACACAACCUCUUCAACAUCAAGUCUCGGGACAUUUCUAUGGGAAUGCGAAAACGAAAUUCGGUCUUCUUCAACGAAUUUCUACUAAUGAUGUUCUCAAACCAUUGAAUGAUAAAGUACGAGGACCAAGCGAAUGGCGUUUUUACACCAAUGUAUUCUCCGAUGAGGCACCGGAGAACUUACGUGCACUUCGAUCGUUCAUGGCUACUCUCUUAGGCAUAUACGAAUACAAUGGAAUCAACUAUUUAAUUCUUGAAAACAUUGUUUAUCCAUUCAGAUAUCCUUGUAUUGCCGAUGUUAAAAUUGGACGAAUAACAUACGAUUUCGCAGCAACCAAAGAGGACAAAGAGAAGUCUUACCGAAGAUAUCCACCGGCAGCUGAAAUUGGUUUUCAACUACUUGGUUGGCAAAUAUACCGUUCGACUACAAAUUCUUUUGAAUAUCACAGUAAGAUUUGUGGUCGAUCAUUGAACAAAGAAGAAGUUCUUCAUGCCAUUGCUCAUUUCUAUGGUGCACCGAGAUCUGCUUACCGUCGAAUUGUACGUUUAGUAUUGGAACGACUGAUUGCUCUAGAGCGUGCAAUGAUAAAACAAUCUGAGCUGGUUUUCAUUUCAUCAUCUCUCUUGAUUGUCUACGAGAGCGACUACGCUUCCUAUUCAAUACCAAAAGUCGAUGUUCGGAUUGUUGAUUUAUGCAAAGUUUUCAAUAUCGAACAGUAUUCUGAUCAAACUGGAUGGGAAGAUAAUUUUCUAUAUGGCUUGCGUAGUUAUAUGAACUAUCUUCGAAGAUUACUCGAUGAUACGUAUGUAUAUGUAGCUAUUGACAAAUUGAAUCACUCUCAUCAAUAA